AUGCCGUUCGGCGGGAACCGCCACCGCCUUUCGGGGUCGAGGCCCGUCCUCCGCUAUGCGCCGCGGUCCCGACCGACUCCUACUCCAACAAGACCUUCCUCAUUCCCACCACCACCACCAUCAUCAUCGUCAUCCUCGGCAUCAUCGUCGCAGGCCACAACCUCUCACACCCGGCAGCAGACCUCAGCCCGGAGGAACCCGUCUGGCCGCACCACCACUCCUACUAUCCCCCGUCACCGCAGCACAGGUCAUGUUUCGAGUGAACUCGCCCCUCCCUGGCCGUGGAACCCCGAAGAAACAGCAUUAAUUCAGAGCGGAUAUAAACCCGCCUAUCCUACACCCAAACCGGACAACACCAACAGCACCAACGACGCAAUCUCAGCAUCCAAUUCCAAUCUCAAAUCCAACCCUCCCACCACCCGCAAGAAAAUGGCCGAACCUCGAGCCCGUGCCGCCCGGCACAAAGGGCAAAUGAACUUCGCCGGAGACCUCCGCUUACUCCUCCUCGCCUACGGCGACCCGCGCCCACACCCAUCGUAUCCCUCGGACCCGCUCCCAGAAACCAUCCGCGUGCUGGACGAGAUCGUCACGGACUUCGUGCUGGAGAUGUGUCACGGCGCCGCGCAGUACGCGAGCUACUCGCGACGGCAGAAGAUCAAAGUGGACGAUUUCCGGUUCGCGCUGCGCCGGGACCCGAAUAAGCUUGGCCGUGUGCAGGAGCUGUUGCGUAUGGAGCGCGAGCUGAAGGAGGCCCGGAAGGCGUUCGAUCAGAAUGAUGAUCAGGUUGGGAAUUUGAAGGAUGCGGCUGCGGCUGCGGCUGCGGCGAAGAAGGGAGGUGCUGGUGGGGGUGCAGCUAUGGAUAAUGAUGAGUUGGGGCCGGCGGAGAGUGUGGACGGGAGGAAGAGCAAAGGUAAGGGGAAGAGGAGUGCGGCUGCGCGCAGGGAUUCCGAUGUCACGGAGGAGAGCAGUGUGACGGUUGGGACGGCGAAGAAGAGGAAGGUGGGUGGGAAUUGAGUUUCGAGGUGUUUUUCUAUUGUUGUUUGGUUGGCGUUUUCGGGCUUUUUCCAUGCAUUGGCAAUGGAAUGCGGGUGGUUCUCGGGGUGGGUUGUGCGUAAAGUGUAUCUAUAUUCAAAGUGAUAUCC